GCCUGUGAAGGCAGAGGAGGGGUUGACGCUAUCCCUGACGCCAGUGGCUAUGUCACCGUCUCACGGCUCCUCCUCUCAGGCGGGAGGGUAGGCGAGCGAGAGGGACAGCGUCUGCGCAGGACUGUUUCUCCUCGUCGCCUGUCCAAUCUCUCUUCAGCUGCUCUUUCACCCCCCCCUCCGUUGAGGGCCGCGGCAAGAAGCCCGAGUCCAGGACCGAGAAGUGGCUUCGCGAAGCUAAGAGUUCGCGACGGAGCGGCUGUGUAGCUACGGAGCUGUCGUGGGUGGCUCGGUCUGGCCAUGGGCUCCUAAGGGCCUCUCGCUCUGCCCUCCCCCUCGAGUGACGGGGCCGUCCCUGCCGCCGGAGGAAGCUGGGGGAGCAGCGACAACCACCACAACAACCGUGCCAGCAUCAGUCCGGCUGGUGCCGCGUGGCGGUGAGGGUAGCUUCUCGGUGCUGCUGUGGUGCAACAUGAUGCUUGAAUAGCACAGCCAGGUGUGCUGAACAUGGGCACUGAGUGUUGUGCAGAGAUGGAUAAGUGCAUGCAGUUGUGGGAGAAAUGGCACACUUGAUGCCAAUGUUCCAGUGAUGGUGCCAGAUGAUAAAAAUCGAUUUGAAGGACCCACAACACUGAGGACAUGAUGAUUGUAGUGACUGGAGCCAUGUCGGUGCCUGAGCUGGGCUCCCCAGUCAGCACUCCCCCUGCAGCCCCCAACGUAUCAUCAAUGCCUGAGGUUGACAGUCUUACUGCUGUGGAGCAACCAAUAUUCCUAAUGACUACAGCUGCCCAGGCAAUCUCAGGUUUCUUUGUGUGGACAGCUUUGCUUAUUACCUGCCAUCAGAUCUACAUGCAUCUACGCUGCUACAGUUGCCCCAAUGAGCAACGCUACAUUGUCCGGAUUCUCUUCAUUGUGCCCAUCUAUGCUGUUGACUCAUGGCUCAGUCUCCUUUUCUUCACCAGUGACCAGUACUAUGUUUACUUUGGCACAAUACGGGAUUGCUAUGAAGCUUUUGUAAUCUAUAACUUCCUUAGCCUCUGCUAUGAGUACCUUGGCGGAGAGAGCUCCAUCAUGUCUGAGAUUAGAGGAAAGACUAUUGAGUCCAGCUGUAUGUAUGGGACCUGUUGUUUAUGGGGAAAGACGUAUUCCAUUGGAUUUCUGAGAUUCUGUAAACAGGCUACUCUGCAGUUCUGUGUGGUCAAACCUCUCAUGGCAAUUAUUACAGUCAUCCUUCAGGCAUUUGGCAAGUACCAGGAUGGGGACUUUGAUGUUACAAGCGGGUAUCUCUAUGUGACAAUAAUUUAUAACAUCUCUGUCAGCCUGGCUCUCUAUGCCCUCUUCCUCUUUUACUUUGCCACACGUGAACUGCUCAGUCCCUACAGCCCUGUCCUGAAAUUCUUCAUGGUCAAGUCUGUCAUUUUCCUGUCCUUCUGGCAAGGGAUGCUGUUGGCCAUCCUGGAGAAGUGUGGUGCAAUCCCAAAGAUCAAAUCAGCAAACGUAUCUGUGGGUGAGGGGACCGUGGCAGCUGGCUACCAGGAUUUCAUCAUAUGUGUGGAAAUGUUCUUUGCAGCUAUUGCUCUGCGCUAUGCAUUCACUUACAAAGUCUAUGCAGACAAGCGUCUUGAUGCACAAGGCCGCUGUGCCCCCAUGAAGAGCAUUUCUAGCAGCCUUAAGGAGACCAUGAACCCCCAUGACAUUGUGCAGGAUGCCAUCCAUAACUUCUCCCCUGCCUACCAACAGUACACCCAGCAGUCAACGCUAGAACGUGGACCACCUUGGCGCAAUGGUGGUCACAUGAUCUCACACUCCCACAGUAGCUCUGGUGCCCGUGACAACGAGAAGACCCUGCUCCUGAGCUCAGAUGAUGAGUUCUAAGGAAGUGAUGAAGCAUGCCCCAGCCUGGAACUUUCCCUUUAUUUAUUGAACCAGAAACGCAGGUCAGGUCCCUUUUUUAUAUGGUGCUCAAGUCAGGAAUGGGCACUUCCUGUUGCCAAUUGUGAGCAUGGACCAUUGUGACUAAUGCGGGUGGUUUGGACUGUCUUUUCCUAGACUCUUUUUGAAAGGCUGAACUGGAACAGAUUUCAUUUAAUACGGAAGAUUUAAAGAACACUAAAUCCACAUGGCAUAGAAUAGGACAAAGAUCUGGGAUGAGUGGAUCAUGCUCUUCUGCUGUUUAAUUGGGGAAGGUAGGUGGUAGAGGGGUCAGGCAAGAGAAUCUUGAAGACAUGAGGCUGUAUCUUUACCCAUUUACUAAGCUGCCUGAAAUAUGACUGGCUGACAUUAGAAGCAGUGGUAAUUUCUUUUCCCUGCUGCACUACUAAAAUGCACUUCCAAACACCUGUUUCUGAACAGUAAUUUGGUAUAUAGAUUUAAGCCUGUCUCUAACUAUUGUCCCAGUAUUAACUUUGACCAAAUUUUCAAUUGUGAGAAGAAUUCCCUUAGGUGUAUUCCAUAAUACUGUUGUUACAUAUAUGUUCUGCCUCCGCUAAUGAUCAGCAUUGGGUGUUUUAGAAGAGAGCAAUGUUCUGCUUUAGAAUAGAAUAAAGAAGAGGAAUGCUUUCUGGACUGAAAAAACGAGCAGCUCUGAAACCAGAUCUUGUUGAGGUUGAGGGUGGCUUUUUUUGAUGUGUUUCUUGCCCAACACUUCAAGAGAGUACAAGGCAUUUCCUGAAAAUAGGAUUUGCCUCAUCUGUGGAGAGAAAUAUUUUUGCUAGAAGCUAAUGGCCACAGUUCAGAGAGAGUCUCACAGAAGUUGUUCAGGAUAUUGGAUAAGGAUGUACAUUCCUAGUCAAGUUGCACAUUCACAUCCAUACCCUGCAGUAUGGAUGGGGACCACAUCACACGAUUCUCCUUUAAAUGCAUAUCUGAUCUGCAGGUAUGUCUUCUGAUCCAGUUACUGAAUCCACAUUGAGGAGUUUGCUUCCCUGCACAGAUCUUCACUUUACAAUAGGCCAUUUGUUUACGCAUUUAUUUCUAGAACUCUACUGUCAUUGAUUUCAUUCUCUUUUGUAACUGCUCUUAUGAAGGAGUUCUGCAACUCCUCAUACUAAUACUAAAAUAUCUUUAGCACAUCUGUCUUCCUCCUUAGACCUGUAUGCCCUUGUAUUUUUUAACAAGUUCCAGAACAUAUGUUGUAAAUUACAAGUUCUUCUUGCUGUUGUCAAUAUUUUACUUUGUUAAUAGUUAAUUUUGAGUGUCAGUGGGAUGGAGUUUCCCUGGGAUGAUGAACAUUCCAUCUUCUCUUCCCUCACUUGUUCUGGGCCUGUACCAGUUUGGCUAGGAGAUGUAAACAUAUAUGUGAUGUGCAUUUGUUACCUUGGCAUUACAUUCUCUACAACCCAUGUGAUAAAAAAAGUUUCCUAUUGACCUGUUUAGGCCUGACCUGGCCCUUAUAGAAGGCCCUUUUAUAGAGAAUCACAAGGCCCCUUUAUAAGCUGAAAAGCCUAUUAGUUGCUGGCUUUACCAGACACCUUGGUUUGUUUGAUGAUUUCAAGCUGGAAAGGGCAACAGAAUUAAUUGUAGCAUCUUGUACUUCUCUGCUGCUGUUGUGGUUAAUUGUGUCUGUAUUAACCCUGCCUGCAAAAAAAAAACGGGAAUAACAUUCAACUUCUUCCUUCCCUGACACCUCUCUCAAUUCCUCUUCCCCAUUCACUACCAAUAAUGCUUGUUCUGGUCUAUGCUGCUAUAUGUGUCUCUCCCACAGCUUGUGGUGGUUAAUGGACACCUGCUCUUUUAUGGCGAUUUUAACCCCUCCUGUGGAGAGUCUUGAAAUGAGGAUCUCUGGGGUUUGUCUCUUCCGUUCCUUUUCUCUGUGCCUUAAUACUUUCACCCACCCCUGCAUCACAUCAUUGGUAAUGCAAAUCUCAAGGGCAGGGGCGGCACCACUCUUCAUCCAAGCUGUGCUUGGUUGGGCAAGAAUGUUUGUGUGGGGCUGGGCAGGUUUAUUGAAACUUGUGGUUAUUCUUCCUGGAGGUACAGUUGUGCCAUUGCAGUUUGCACUCUCACACUGCAUGUUCCAGAAGAAACUGGAUGGGAGGUGGGAUGAGCACAACAGCUCCAUUCAUAUCCCCUGCUCAAAAUAGCCCGAGGGAUUGAGAACUCAGGAGGUGAAGGAAGUAGAAGAGGAGAGAUUUAAAAGCAACAUGUUUCUGUAAAUACAAAAUCAUCCCUCUCUUUGCGGUUAGACCUCUGCAAUAUAUUCUUGUGGGUUUGCUUUUAAAAUCCUGUUGCUGCUUUAAAAAAAGAAAGAAAAGGAACCUCAGAUCCACGUAACUGUAGUUUAUAACUGGCACCCCAGUUGUUAAACUGUAGCAGUGACUUGUGCCACUGUAGCUGCAGUGUGAUCCUAAGCCGCGCCUGCCAGGAAAUCCUGACUCUCUUUUAGCACUAGAUGUAGCCAGUUGUUGAGCUGCAAAGAGCCUUUCUUGCAGAAUGGGAGGCAGGAGAGGGCCCUGACUCCUCCCCUCUCCAGUGCAGCACAAUUGCAUUUUUGCAGUUAUGCAGCUGUUGGUGCAAAGAAACUAAUGGGCUGCUGUUGUACCAGUUGCAGAGCUGGGGUCAGGUCCCUGCACCAGAGAGAGGAUAGUUGUCCCUUUGUGCCACCAGUAGGACCUUUGCGCCCAAUUGUAUGACAUACUGCCUCAUGGAAUGAGGAUAGAUUUCAAAGAGCCCUUUGAAAUGACCUUUUAGCUUUUUUGUUUUCUUUUCUUUUUAUUUCUAAUUUUGAAGGAGGAGACAUUGCUUUACUCAAACCCGUUUUUGUGGGACUGUUUAUCGCCACCCCUUUUACUUUCCAACUCUGUGACCACUUCCAACACACACUUUUACAUUUACUUGUAAUGAGUCUUCACAGCGAGCUCCCUUUUUGUAUGCAAUGGGUGAAGGAUGUGACUGAAGUCUGGUGCUGCUGACUGGCAGAUAUUUCAGCAUUGGGAAGAAUUCUAUAUUUUUUAAAAAUAUUUUUAAUGUAUACCAUAUAUAAAUAUAUAUAUUGUGCAUAGAAGUUGGUUAUUGUUGAAGCUUCCAGUAAGUUGCAGUUUCAGGUAGCUAUAACCACCUCCAGACAAGUAUGAGGUCCAGUAAUAGCAAAAGGUCUCAGGCUUUGGGGCUUCUUUCAAAGCAGAGCCAUAGAAAUGCACCAGUGCUGAGUUGUUGUUAGUGGAGGGAAGGUGCCUUUGCUGACCCUCGAGGCAGGAAAGUGACAGGCCCAAAGAGCUUGACCCUCGAGGCAGGAAAGUGACAGGCCCAAAGAGCUUGACCCUCAGUGCAGCAAUGAUCAUGCAUUCUGAUUAGGGCAAGCAUAGCCAACACAGUGUCCUCCAGAUGUUGCUGGACUAUAGCUCCAGCCAGCAUGGCCAAUGUUUAGGCAGGAUUGAGUGUUGUAGUCCAGCAACACCUGGAGGGCAGUAGCAGUUGGUGGGGUGAGGCUGCACUGCACUGGCCUACCAGCACUGGAGUUGCUGCGGUUUGCCUAGAGGGGGAGGGAUGUGGCAGUGGCAAGGUCACUGUGGUGCAAGCACACUGGUGGAGUCAAUCUGGUGCUUCUGCUGGUGUAUUUGCACCGUGCUGACCAUACUGCUACUUUGACUGCAGUGCUGAGAAGUCAUGUAAGUAGCACAGCCCCACCCUGCCAACUGCUGCUGUUGAGGAUAUCAUGGUGGGUACCCCCUAGAUUAGAGCUUCUCACAGGCUAAUCAUUUAAUGUACAUUCAUAUACAUCAACCCACCAGAAUACUCUUAGCACUCCUCUCUUCCUUGCCUGCUCUUUCCUCCCCCUCCUUUUUUUAUGACCAUGUAACAUACUCCCUGGAAUUUUGUUUUUUACUAUUUUUCCAUGUAGCUUAGUUAUUUGUAUAUAAAUGGCUGGGGAAAAAUACACUCUGUAUGAUAAGAUAAGAGUUACCUAGUUUUGUACCUAUUGUAUAAUAACUGAUGUGAGCUCAGAGACAACCUAUUGUCUCUGUUUUGGUCUUUGUGAUGUUAUACAAGCAAACAUGACAAAUAAAAGAUAUAGAGAUAAUAUAGAUUGUACUUAAUAUGUCUCUAGCUUCUGACUUGCAGAUAUUGUAGCUUUGCCUUCAUAUUGUCUGGAAUUCUCUGCUU